AUGUACGGGGCAACCUUACUCCAGUACUUAAGGCACCGCACCGGUCUACCCAUCAACUCUCCCCUCCCCCUUAGUCCCUACGCCCUCCACCAGUCUCAUCUCAGGCCAUCUGCCUUCAAGCCUGUCACACCUAAUAACUUCAGUUCCAUGCAGAACCUCUACCCUGCCAAGAUGGAGGACUCAGACCAGGGCCUGUCCAACGGGCUCCACCGGGCCUACGCACACACACCUAGAGCUGUCUCCACCUCCUCUUCCUCCUCCUCACCCUCCCGCCACGGAGGACCCACCUCCAGCGGAACCAAGGCGGUAGCGUCAGGGCGUGGUCUGAGUCAGGAGGAUGACAACCUGUCAGACUCUGGUCAUAACUCCAUGAACAGUCUUCCUCCAUACAGACCUCCCUUCAGACCACAGCUGGCUCACAUCAGUGCCUCCAUGGGCCACAUCAACUCCAUUGGCUCUCUGGACCGAGCAUCAAAGGUUGUGGGGUCGUCGGGGGUCGCCAUGGCGGAGAUGGCCAUGUCGUGUCGUAGCAUGGCAACGCUCAGCCGCCUGGCGCCAUACGGAGGGGAGGCUCCGCCCCCUUAUGAACUGUCACUCUCUGUAGAGGAGGUGGUGCGUGAUCUGGAGGAGAGGCUGGUGGAGAAGGAACUCGAGCUGAAACAGAUGAGGAGGAACCUGGAUGAGAGUGAAGGAGCCAUCGUGCAGGUGUUUGAAGGUAAACAGCGUCUGUGGGAGAAGGAGUUGGAGGAGUUGAAGCAUCUGUACACCGCCAAGCUGCGUCAGGUUUCCCAGCAUGCCCACCAUUCAGAGCGUGCACUGCAGCUGCAGCUGUACAAGGCCCAGCAGGAGACGAACAGACUGCAGGAGGAACUGGAUGCUCUGACAGGGGGGAGACAGAGAGAGGGUCAGGGGAGUCUGAAGGAAACCAGCCCUACUCUGGAGGAGACUCAGUGGCAGGUGUGUCAGAAGUCGGGUGAGAUCUCGUUGUUGAAGCAGCGGCUGCGUGACUCCCAGGCGGAGGUGACCAGCAAGCUGUCAGAGCUGUUCCAGCUGAAGACCCAGCUGAGAGAGACAAGAGGAGAGCUGCAGAGCUGUGAUGGACAGAUAGACACUCUGCAGACAGCCCUACACGGUGCGCAACCACGACGACAGGGGAAAGAGGGAGCGGAGGAGAGUGGGACACUAGGGUCUCGAGGAUCAGGAGGGGCAUCAGGCUCUACAGAGGAGCGUCUGCGAGCAGAGCUGUUGUUAGAGCGUCGUCAGAGCGAGGCCCAGGCUACGGCCUUCGAGCAGGAGAGACAGACGUGGCAGACAGAGAAGGAGAAAGUGAUCUGCUACCAGAGAGAGCUGCAGGCCAGUUACCUGGACAUGUACCACCACAACCAACUACUGGAGAGAGAACUAUACCUGCUCAGAGGAGGAGGAACGCUGGAGAGGGAACUGCAAGAUGUGAGGGGAGGAAGAGGAGGAGGAGGAGAGAUGGGAGACUACAGUAACGAGUCACUGGAAAGGGAAGUGCAGGAGGUGAGGAGAGGAAGAGGAGGAGGAGAGAGAGAAAGAGGAGAGGAAGACAGUAAACCUCCCCCUGGUCUUCCCUGGAUAGAGAGGAUAGAGUCAUCUGAGAUUUGACUGAGUGGACACUAGAUGGGGGGCCCAUUCCAAACCAAACACUCGCCCCCUCUUCCUAUCUCCUUGAUGAAGACUCAGGCUUCUUACAGACUUGAAAAGACAGGAGGGCCCCAAUCCAAACCAAAUCCUCACCCCUUAUCUUCAUGUCCUUGUGGAGGUCCCAGUUCCAAUUCCAAAACAACUCUGCACUCCUACACUCCUAGACCUGUAUGAACUAGACUGAAUAGUGUGCAUGUAUAAUCAGCAAUACAAUGAUACACCCUCUCUGGUACUGUUUAUUGGAGUUUCCACUUCCUGUUUCAAUCCUGCAAUCAAUGAUAACUUCCUGUUUCAGUCCACAUAUCAAUGACAGCGUAUUAGAGUCGAGAACACUGUACAUUCCCUCAAGCACGACCCUGACCAAACCUCACUUUAGAGGGCUGCUUGAAUGUACAAAUCAUAAUGAUAAUAAUAAUAAUAAUAACCUAUUUGUAAUUGUUACUUUAUCUAAUUUAGUUCUGUGUGUAUAUAAUCAACCAGUGUGUUCCUCACAGCCGUUCUGUGGGCUAGUUGAAGUUCAGACACUGACUGGGGUAAAGUAAGGGUAGGCUGUCUCAAAUAGCACCCUGUACCCUGUAUAGUACACUACUUUUGACCAGGGUCCUGUAGCAGUAGUGCACUAUAUAUGGAAUAGGGUGCCGUUUCAGAUGCACCCUAGGACGUUGUUUAAAAGGAUCUAAAGGGAUUUAGGAUUUGUCCCAGUGUGUUGUGGCGAGGUGAAGUGUGGUGUGAUGUGGUGAAGUGAGGUAAGGUGUGGUGUGGUGAAGUGAGGUAAGGUGUGGUGAGGUGAGGUGUGGUGAA